CCUUUACCUCCACUUUCCUCCACCCACCUACCACCCAACCCACAACGCCAUCGCCCGCCAUCAACCCACAUUCUCUAUCAUCAUUUACACAUCUAUCUCAUCGAGCACGACUUUCCGUUGAGCUAAUUCACACCCCUAUCCAUCCCAUCUACGCGUCACCCACGCCGUGCAGCUGUCAGCACGACCUUGGACAAUGGCAGACGACGCCAAUGCCUCGGCUGCUGUCAAUGCCGCCAAAGCAGUCGAGGGGCCAACGCGUUCUGCGGACGCGCCCGCCGUCUCUGUUGUCGCUGAGUUGAAACCGGCCGAAGGCGGUGAUGCGGUCAAGGCAGGUGAAGCCGGUGAGGACUCAGAGACUACCCCUACUAAACACAACUCCACCCGAGACGAGACGACCACCGCCAACCUAGACACGGAUGCUACAAUGGCAGGGGAUGAGACUGCUGCAGGCCUGACCGCCGAGGUAGCCAACGGUGCCCCAGCCUCAUCCAAGAAGUUGAACAACAAGCGCAAAUCAGGAGCUAGUGUGCCUGAGCACAAGAAGAAGACUCCCAGCAAGAAGAAGAAAGGUACACCUGAACUUCGUCUCAAUGUCUCGCCGGGCGAUUAUUGGUUCGUUGCAAUGCGGGGUUUCGCGCCUUGGCCGGUUAUCGUCUGCGACGAGGAGAUGCUCCCAGAGACUCUUCUCAGCAAGCGCCCUGUGAGUGCGCAGCGUAUCGACGGCACAUAUCGCGAGGAUUUCCUCCCAGAUGGCAAGAACGCGAAAGACCGUCGGUAUCCGAUCAUGUUCCUUGGCACAAAUGAAUUCGCGUGGCAAGUCAAUACCGACCUCCAACCCCUAAACAUCGAUGAUAUCAAGACGACAGUGGAUGGUGGCAACCAGGGAAAGAAGUCCAAAGCCUUAUGGGAGGCGUAUCAGAUUGCCGCUAAAGGUCAUGAGCUCCAGUGGUUCAAAGACAUGCUUGAGAACCACGAGAAGGCCAUGCAGGCUGACAUCGAAGAGAAGGCAGCUGCGGAGGCCAAGAAACAGGAGAAGAAGGAUAAAGCUAAGCGCAAGAGCAUUGCCGCUGACGACUCAGAGGACGUUGAGAUGGAAAACGCUGACGACGAAGGCGCCACCUCCGCUAAGAAAACCAAGGCAUCGAAGAAGCGCAAGAAGGAGCCUGAAAGCGACGGUGAGAAUGAAAAGCCAACGAAGACCCCGAAGACCAAGCUAAAGCUCAACAACAAGGCACCAAAAGAGGAGUCAGCCAUGAAACCGAAAAAGGACUCCAAGGUUAAGAAAGCCAAAGCCAAGAGCGACAGUGAGGAGACCGAGGCUGCAAAGGUUGAGGAGAAGCCCAUGACAGAGGCCGAACGCCUUGAGAAGCGUGAAAAAUCAGUGCUCUAUCUUCGACAUAGGCUUCAAAAAGGUUUUCUCUCACGCGACCAAGCCCCAAAGGAGGAAGAGAUGGCCAACAUGUCCGAGUACCUCAAGCAGCUGGAAGCCUACAAGGACGAUCUCGAAGCUGAAGUCAUCAAGAAGACCAAAGUACACAAAGUCCUCAAAGCGAUUAUCAAACUCGACUCCAUUCCAAAGGAAGAAGAAUAUGAAUUCAAAAAGCGCUCUAACGAUCUUCUUGGCAGCUGGACUGGCCAGCUAGCUGUGGAUGCGGAUGCUACCAACGGGCCCCAUGCUGAGCCUGCAACCAACGGUGUUCAGCAUGAUGAUGAUGCAGAGAAAGCAGGCGCAGCUGCCGUUUCAACGGAGAAGCCAGAGGAGAUGCCGGCCGAGCUGGAAACUGCCAAGGCAGCAGACGCUGACGGCGACGUUCCCAUGGCCGACGUAAGAGAUGAAACCCCGGUGGUCAAGGCUGAUGCUAGCUCCAGUGCAGAAGGCGCUCUGGUGGCUACAGCUGAGGCAACUACUGCGUAAACUAGCAUGGCUAUCUAACUACACUGCAACCAGGAGGUCGAUUUUCUGGCCCUCUAGCUCCAGCGUUAGCUCCCUAAAUUCAAAUGCGUUAAUCCCUCGCAUGGACGCAUUUCUGGGUUCCAGUUACCCUGAACAAAUCACAACCGAAUAGGUGCUUCACUUUGUAGAGGUGCGGCUUGAUGUCUUUGAUUUUGAUUUCUCUCCUAUCCACCUGAUGACGGCGUCUGGGUCUUUUUAUCACUGCAGGGGAUGCAAAACUUCUGUACAUAAUUCUGGGACUGGUGCUGGACUCAUUUGGUUGGGAAAGGAGGCGGACAUAUUACUUACAGCAUGCGUGAUUUAGCAAAGUUUGGCUGGAAGGCGGUAGUGUUUUGGUAGCAUAUGAAAGAAUCAAAUUGCUAAACCAAUA